AUGGGCUUAGUCUACAGCAGCGGAUUCGCGACAUUCAACGCAACUCCGUCUCAAGAGCUGAAUUGCUCAAUCUUGGAAGAGAAUACUCACCACACCAUCGUGGGGCAUCCCACGGUUCACAUCUUGCUUGCGGUCGUGCUGGUCUCUCUCACCAUCUUUGCAUUAACCUCCAACGCAAUUGUUCUGAAAGCCAUAGUGCGCUGGCGGCUAGUUCAUCGCUCAAGGCGAUCUGCAGGGAUCGGCUUCUCACCACAGGACGACAGCCCCACUUCAGUUUUUCUCAUGGGUGUCAUGGCUUUUACGGACUUUUUUCUCGGCUCGAUCACCCUGCCUCUGUCGCUGAUAGAAUUCGUUCAGAACUAUCACUGGUCCUCGAGAUUGCAGGUCUUUAAAGUUCGCAGCUGUCUGAACGUCUUCUGGUGCACGCUGUCAAUGUACAACAUGACCUCGCUGGCUAUCGAUAGGUACAUAGCCGUCUGCUGGCCAUUUUUCUACAGGACUCUUCCGGCCAGAAAUAAAUUCAUCAUCUUUGGUGUUUUUAUCAGCCUACCUUUGAUCUUGACCAUUUUCUUAUCGGUCAGCGGAUUUCAGAUGUUAACCUUGGAGCAGAUUAAGCAUUGUGGGAUAAGUUCAAGGCCAGUUCAAGUCUCCAUCUUGUUUAUUGCAAACGUUUCACUGACGCUCUAUAUUCCGAUAGUUAUCACUUCAGUUUUAUAUUUUAAAGUUUUUAGACAAAUCAGCCAAUUAAAGAAAACUGCACCGUAUUGUGGGCGAAGUUUAAAAUCAGUUCGAAAAAUGACACUAAAUAAGGUAAAAAACUUCCAAACGAUAUCUUUAAAAACGAUUUUCUAUAAUGGAGGUAGCUUCCACACAAGCAGCGAUUCAAGCAGAAUCAGAAAUGACUCCUCUCCUGACACUAUCUCGAGUAACACAAUUAGCAGAAUUGAGAAUAAAGUUCCUACUCACAACUGUGCACCAAAUUUCAUCAUAUUCAAUGCACACAAAAAUUCAGACUAUGACGAUUCUAGUAUACAGAAGGAAAAGACUUCCACCAAGGAACAAGAUGGCGGAUCGUGUCAUUCCAGUAAUACUAAUGUCCGGAAAAACCUGUCCGCAAGGUUGAAUGCAGAGCGGACUCUGGCCGUUCUAGUUGCUUCUUUUAUAUUCUGCUGGCUGCCUCUGAGCCUCGCUGCCACGCUCUCCUAUAUCUUAGCAAAGCCACUGCCAGCUUGGAUCAUUCUAGCUGUUACCUGGCUGGGCUAUGCAAACGCUGCGUUAAGCCCGAUACUCUUUUGUUUCCAUCGUGAUAUUUGGCAAGCUGUGAAAUUAUCUUUAUACAUUAAUUAG